GAGGGGCCUGGGCUGCGCAGUCAUGAUCACCGCCGAGGCCGCGGCCAAGUCCGCUCUCCCCGCGGUGCCCGGGGCUGCGGCGUCCACCGGAGUCCCGAAGCGCGAGGAGCCGGCGUGGCCCUGGAAAGAUGCUCCCAUCCGGGCGCUGGUGCUGCGCAUCCACCAGCUGCAGGCUGAGCGCGCUCAGGCCUUCCGCCGGCUGGAGGAAGGCCACCGCCAGUAUCUGCGCAGCGGCCCGCCCUACGAUUUCUCGCGCUACCGGAGCACAGUGCACGAGGUGACCCAGGCCUUCGCCGCCGCCUCACGGGAGGUGCUGGCGGUAGAGGCCGAGCUGGCCGGGCCCCGAGCGCAGCCGCUGCUCGCGGGCCACGUGCGCAGCCUGCAGCAGCUGGAGGAGACGCGCCUGGCCACGGUGGCCCUGCUGCAGCUGAUGGGGGCGCCAGAGCUGACGGGGCAGGAGAACCCUCUACAGAUGCAUCACCUGAAGAUGAAGGUAAUUAAAACCAUAGAGGCGAUCAGCAAGGUUCUUCAGGACCUUAAGUUUGAUGCAGAAUCUGCUGAGUGAUGGUAGCUUCCCAGGGACGCACGGAGGAUGGGAAACAGUGCGGAUGGCGCCCAGCCCAGCCCUGACCGCCAGCUGGCUGGGGUUGUGCCCUGCUGGGCUACUGACCCUCCUUGAGUUCACCAUGCCUCCCACAAUAAAGACCCUUUCUCUGCAGCCA